UCUUAAAUGAGAGGGUGUCGUUUGCAAUUUCCAUGUUUUUGUUUUGCCGGGGCUGCUGGGAGUAAUAUUUCAGCAAGGGAUGGAGGAACUCUGAACGAGUGGACAGGUGUCUGGGAAUUUCCGGGGACAAGAAAUGAAGAAAGUGACGUGCACUGCACCUGUUAACAUAGCUGUCAUCAAAUACUGGGGUAAACAAAACGAGGAACUUAUUUUGCCUAUAAACUCCUCCUUAAGUGUCACACUGCACCAAGAUCAGUUAAAAACAACAACAUCUGCUGCUGCAAGUCGGGAGUUUACAGAAGACCGGAUUUGGUUGAAUGGCAAGGAAGAGAACAUCAGCCACCCUCGUUUGCAGUCCUGUCUACGUGAGAUUCGUCGUCUAGCAAGAAAAAGGAGGAAUGAAGAAGGUGAUGAAAAUGUCUCAAGGAUCUUAAAUGACAAGGUUCACAUAUGUUCAGUCAAUAAUUUUCCCACAGCAGCUGGACUGGCAUCAUCUGCAGCUGGAUAUGCUUGCCUUGUGUACACCCUGGCAAAGCUUUAUGGAGUUGAAGGAGAGCUGUCAGAGAUUGCACGGCAGGGGUCUGGAAGUGCCUGCAGGAGCAUGUAUGGGGGAUUUGUGCAGUGGGUAAUGGGAGAAAGGGAUGAUGGGAAAGACAGCUUAGCCAAACAAGUGGAACCUGAAAGUCACUGGCCGGAGCUACGAGUUCUAAUACUAGUGGCUACUGCAGAGAAGAAGCAUGUAGGCAGCACAGCUGGUAUGCAGACAAGUGUGGAGACUAGUCCAUUGCUUAAGCUUAGAGCAGACUUAGUUGUGCCUGAACGGAUGGAGGCUAUGAUCGAGUCAAUCAGAAAAAAGGAUUUUAAGGCUUUUGGCGAACUGACAAUGAAGGACAGCAAUCAGUUCCAUGCCACCUGUCUGGACACAUAUCCUCCUAUCUUUUACCUUAACAGUGUGUCUCAGCGUGUCAUUAGUGUGGUGCACCAAUACAACACCUACUAUGGACAGACCAAGGUAGCAUACAGCUUUGAUGCUGGUCCUAAUGCAGUAAUCUUCAUGCUAGAGCCUACUGUAAAUGAGUUUGUUGAAGUUGUCAAGCACUGCUUUCCACCAGAAUCAAAUGGAGACACGUACCUGAAAGGCUUACCUGUGGGUUCUGCAGUGCUUUCUGAGGGGCUUCAGUCAAUAGUAGCUUCUGAUCCAAAUCCAGGAGGAGUGCGUUAUAUUAUUUAUACUAAGCCGGGGCCUGGACCCACGCUGUCACAAGAUCUUACCCUGGAUCUCUUGGAUGCUGAUGGGCUGCCAUUACAGUGUGCUUAAAAAAACAUUAACCAAAGAGACUUAUAUAAGUGCCGGUUUCAAAAUGAUUUAAAUGUUGCCAUACACUGGCAUGCUUAAAGUCUGAUUCCCAGAGGAUGGCACUGGUACUUUAGCAGGACAUGUCCUCACAUCAAGAGAAAAAAUGCAGUUCCUGGUGUAGGCAACAGUCAUUUGUUUGGUAAUAGAAUUGCUCAUCAGAUGAUCGUUAGGAAUUUUUCUCAGGGAAAUGACAUCCCAUUAUUUCUGGAAUUCCACUUCCUCCUUGCCUGUUGAGCUGAAGUUCUUUUUCAGAUGAGUAAUGGCAUUUUAGCACUAUAUCAAUAUAAUAUGGCAUAGAAAGCCAUCCUGUUUUCUUUCCUAGUGUCUCACCUGUUUUUUGGAUGAUUUCCAGGAGCCAUUUUUAUUUAGUAAGCCUAGUAGUAGUAAUUUAGUAAAUUAUUCUAAACAGCCUCCAGAAUAAGAUACCUUUCUCCAUGCAUGCUGAUUUAUUUUGUUUCUUUAUUACAAGCAGCUGAACAGCAGUUCUUUUAGUUACUUCAUGAAUUAGUGUGAAGCUCUGUCUGUUUUGCUUUCUGAGCACUCCCCUUUUUGACUAUGAUGACCUCAAAGAGGUGCCUACUGGGAAUGCUCACUGCCUUUGUUCCAAUUAAAAUCAAUUAGGCAGACUCUAUAGGCACCUCUUUCAAGUCAUCAUUGUCAGAGAGAGAAGGAGUGCUCAGAAAGCAAAAGUGGACAGAGCUUCAUACUAGACAAGGAAGUAAUUCCUGCUGUUUGUAAUAGAGAAGCAAAAUGAAUCUGAAUGCAGGGAAAAAGGUAUGUUAUUCUGGGGACUGUACACAGUAAUUUUAGAGAUUUAAAAAAAGGGUGUUUACUUAUUCUUUUAAACAGGGGUCUUCAACUAUUUUUACCCAUAAGCCACAUUCAAAUGCAAAAAGAGUUUGGAAGUAACACAAGCAGAAUAAAUGUCCCCGUGGGGCUGUUACUGGCUAUUUUUGUGGAUUGUCAGACUACAGAAGGCUCUAUUUGGAAGUACACCUGGUUUUUAUGCAACCAAAACUUGCUUUGAGGCAACUGGGAGCAACAUUCAAGGGGUUGGGGAUCACUGUUAUAAAGAAUUCAAUACAUUUCCAACCCUUUUAUGGUAUUGCAUUAUACUGACACUUGUAAUAAGGUUUGUUUUUUGUUUUGUUUUUUUGCUUCACCCCAGCAUGACUUAGUUUAAAACAUGUUUUGACUAUUGAGGUUUGUAAUUUUAUAGAUAUUAAUAUCAUAGUUGAAAAUUUUGUAAAAUUGUAUUGGCAGAUUACCUCAUGUUUUGUCAUUACAGAAUAUGCCAGUUAAUGAUUAAUAAAAAUUACGUGCAAGGAG